CAGGAAGCAUCCUCGCACUUGGGACGUGUCCGUCAGAUCAAGCCGCUGCCGACCGGCCAGGGGGCUCAUGGAUAUGGCCUGGACAACGUCGUCUGCCGACUACCUUUUAUCGUGAUGGAGUAUUUUCUCAGUGGCUUCACGCACAGAGGUAGCCCGACACUAGUUCUCGGCCUCUGCUCCAUCCUUUCGCCGCAAGGGGCGGGACUCGAGACAGGCUCCUCAACAGCCACACAACGAUGCCGAGAUGCAAUCCAAACACCCCGUUCCCAUUGAGGCAAACGGUCCAAACCCACAGGCAACCCCGAACACGAUCUCUCUGGAGAAGGGCCGUUUCAGUAAGCCCAGCUGGAUCGACACAAGCAAACUGUUCUAUGUACCCGAGGAUCUCCUUCGUUGCGGCAGGUACACAGAUGUGCGACUGUCCAAGGGACCUUGGCUCAAGAUGCGAGAGGCCUUGUUCAUGGCGACGUUGGCAGACGAGAAGGCGAGGUUCGAAACGGCGUUCAAUCUGCAUCAGGGUGGGCGGGCAGGCCGAGCAGCUGCGGCGAAGGAAGAGCCCAGGACGCAGCAAUAUGUACCCAACUAUGCGCCCAACUAUGCACUCUGGUAUACUAGGUUAGCAUCGUAGCUAG